AUGCCGCCCGUGCGAGAGGUGCCAACGCAGCCACUGAGACAGUCGUCGAUCGUGGUUGCUGUGCGGGUGCGGCCCUUCACUGCAGAGGAGAUCUUGCAGUUGUUGCCAGGGGAGCUCGCGGAGGGCAGGCGUGUUACGAUUGGUGAACGGCGGUUGUCGCUGGCUUCGUCUAGUGGGGAAGAUGGACAAGUAGCUACCACUACGGGGAAGUUCCGGCAAGGUGGAAUCUGGAAGUUGGUGGAUUGUGUGGACGAUAAGAUGAUUGUGUUUGACCCUGUGGGGAGGAAUCCACUCAAUAGGCUCAGCGAGACAGCAUUAAACUCGAUGGCAUGGAGAAAGCAAAAUGGUUCUGGUGGUGGUGGUGCGGGGAGUACGCUCCGCAGGAGGAGGAACAGGCGGUCUACUGGUAGUGCGGACGAGACCAAGUUCGUAUUUGACAAGCUGUUCGAUACAGACGUCUCGCAGGAGGACGUUUACAGGGGCACGACGAGCACACUGCUGGACUCUGUGCUCGAUGGGUUCAACGGGACCGUCUUCGCGUACGGUGCCACCGGGUGUGGGAAGACGUACACGGUGAGCGGGACUCGCGAGAACCCAGGGAUAAUAUUCAGGACCAUGGAGGAGCUCUUUGUCAAGAUGGAUGCCCUUGCGGGCACCAAGGACUUCGAGCUCACGGUUUCGUUUCUAGAGAUAUACAACGAGACGAUCCACGACCUGCUGAGCCCGGAUACACCGCCGCAGAAGCUCGUUAUUCGCGAGGACAGCAACGAGAAGAUAUCCGUGUCGAACUUGUCGUACCACUCGCCGCGUAGCGUCCAGGACGUCUUGGACCUUGUGAUUCGCGGGAACGACAACAGGACGACUUCGCCGACGGAGGCCAAUUCCGUGUCCUCCAGGUCGCACGCCGUCUUGCAGAUACACAUCAUGCAGCGGAACAAGCUCGUGGACUUGAAGGAGCACCAAACGUUCGGCACGUUGUCGAUCAUAGAUCUUGCCGGGAGCGAGCGUGCCGCGGCGACGAAGAACAGGGGCCGGCGGCUCCACGAGGGCGCAAACAUCAACCGGUCGCUUCUAGCGCUCGGGAAUUGCAUUAACGCUCUGUGUAGCAACGACGGCUCCCAUCGGAACCAGCAUGUGCCUUACAGGGACUCCAAACUGACACGGCUUUUGAAGUUCUCCCUUGGUGGGAAUUGCAAGACGGUGAUGAUCGUUUGCAUAUCGCCGAGCAGUGCGCACUACGAUGAGACGCUGAACACGCUGAAGUACGCGAACCGGGCGAAGGAGAUCAAGACGAAGGUCAUUCGGAACCACCAGACUCUAAACCGACAUGUCGCUUCGUAUUUGAAGAUGAUCACUGAACAGAAGCGAACGAUCGAUGAGCUGGAGGCCCGACAGGCGCAGAUGGUGCAAGUGGGCAUCACGAAUUACAAGUUAGCGAUUGAGAAGAUAGAGAGAAGCAUAGAGGAGGUUGUCGGGAACGUGUGCAAGCAGCUUUCCAGCAAGUCGUUCCAAAACAUCAAGCUUUUGAAGGCGCUGACGUUGACGAAGCGCACGUUACUGCAACUGAUCGUGAUAGAGGUCGAGAACGUACUUGCGAUUGUCUCAGAGUGGACGGACCAACGGAUCAUAGAAACUUGCGAGCGGGUUAUCCGACAGAUGCAAGAGCAAGUGAAGCUUCUGGAGGACCGGUUCGACACUGCCACGGAGUUGAACCUUGUGGUCGAGCACAGUCGGGAGAUCGACCUGAAACGACUACGAGAGAUGGAACACUGGGACGACACGGUGCACCUGCGCAGUUUCGAGGCGCGGCUGGACCUGGUCUACGAGAGUCUGCAGAAGAGCAUCCUUAUCGAAUCGAGCAACAUGACCGAGGAACUGAUGAACGACCCGGCAUUACGGGCCCGGUUCAACUUCCUGUCCAAAGUGCUUGUCAGUGAGGACCAAGAUAUCGUCGCAGCACUCGAGGAAAUUUCAAGUGCGGUCGACGCAGACUUCGAGCGGUUUGUCGCACCGUACAAACGAGAACGUCAGGACGGCCUCGGCCUCCUCCGCACUGUCGGUACGAGAACCGCCUACACCACCAAAGAGGUCCCGAUGGGGGCCACCUGGCCGAGAACCCCCGAGAGGAGACGACACCCCGGGGGAGGAUCCGCCGCGCGCCGUGGUGGCUGA